CGCUACACACAAAGGCCUCGGAUCUCGGUCUUUUCUCACCAGGCUGGUGCCUCACCUGCCACAGGGAAGUUGCUCAGGCCACCAUUUUCAAUCACAGCAGAAUUCAUUUUGAGAUUCAACCAAACAAAAAAUCUAAAAGAGAAGAAAAAAUUGUUGGACCUAGCUAGAAAAAUCCUUCUCAAAUGUAAGAGAAAAUUGGGUCUCAGCACAUUAGGCACCGGGGAACAUGUGCAUCUUCCUACUACAUGGAUUGAAAUAUCAUAUCUGGCUCAAUGCAAAGGACAAAUUCAAGAUGAAGCUUUAAAUGUGCUUUAUGCUUCCUUGGACCAUGCUUCCUUUUAUUAUGAUCAUCCACCUGCCUUAUUUUUUCUUGCGGAAUCAAUUUUAUAUAGACUCUGUUGCGAUGCAUUCCUAAAGCCAUACUUAUAUUCUGUGGAAAUAAAGCUGGCAAAGAUUGGCUAUUUGAUCUCCUUAAGACUUUUUAUAUAUUUCCUGUAUGGUCACCUAGAAAGUUUUAAAGAACACUUACUUAGACUUCAACCAUUUUUACACGCACUUUCUUUCUCUGGAGAGAUAUAUUAUAUGUAUCCAAACAUUUUUUCAAAUGUGCAAGUUAUUCUGAAAACCAUGGAAAUUAUAUGUAAAAGAGAAUUACCGUCUGACACAAUUUUUAGCCGUGUGGAAAACAAGAAUCAACAUGAGGGCACAGAUUCUCAUAUGAAAAGCUAUGAAGUUAACAAUCUGCUCUGGCACUGUAUUGCUGUCUGGACUUGUGUUCAGAAAAAUAGUCCUCAUUUGAAUAACGUGCUUGAACAUCUCACUUUUCAUAAAACACAGCUUCAAAACAAAUGCUGGAUGGAUUCUGCACUGGCUUUGUUGGUCCUUGGGGAGGCUGCCAAAUUAAACAUGGCCUGCUUGAAAACUUUAAUGGACAUAAUGAGAGAUUUUCUUUUAACCAUUAUGUCUGUUCAGAAUCAGAAAGAAAAUGGCUCUGUUGAUUUUUCCUGGGCCUGGAUUAUUGUCUCCAUCUAUAUAACAAUUCUUACAGAAAUUUGUUUGUAUGCAGCCAUUUCUAAUUUGAGAAAAACUGCUUUUAUUGGUUUCUGUGACUGUAAAAGUUCAAAAAAAUAUAUUUUACCAUUGGACAAACCAGAAGAACAGCCAGAACUGAGGGAAACAAGUUUUUUAGGCCUUUUGGACUAUUUCUCUUCAAAAAUGUCAGAUAAUUGUGAAGAAGUCAUAUGGAUUGGAUAUUACAAUUUAGUGUACAACCUGGUGAAAAUGUCAUGGGAACUUCGAGGAGAUGAGGAACAGGAUGGACUUAGAAACGUUAUAUGGCAAACAUUACAGAAAACAAAGAAUCAUGAAAAAGAUGAGCGGAUCCAUAAUGCACUAAAUAUAGCUGAGGCUGAAUUAAAUGACCCCACAGAUCCUUUCACUAGAGUUUCAUCAAAUGGAGGGGAUGAAAUUUUCUCCAAAUAUAUAGGAUGGAGAGUUGCCAACAUCCUUUCCAAACUAUUCUUCCCCACCGCUGAUAUUCUUCCUUUGAAAAAACUAUUGAUAAAACCACAUAAAACAAAAUAUCUGUAUAAAAAGCAAGAUUCUAUGAAGAAGAAAGUUCUACAUUUUACUGUAAGGGAACAUCCUUCUGUAAUAGACGUCCCCCUGUUUUCAAAUCCAGAUUUCUUCACCAAGAGAGAUGAAGAAUUGACAAGAAUCAUUGACCAUUAUUGGGAGAAAGAGCUACAGAUCCGACAGAAAGAAGAUGCAAUAUGUGAGGCCAAAGAACGUAAAGAAAAAGAGUUAGAGGAAAAAAAACACUUCAAAGAAAUUAUGAAGAGAAGAGAAGAGAAAUUACACAAGCAAACCAAACCUUACGAGCUUCCUCCUAGGACUGAAGUAAUUUCAUUAGAAGGGAAAAUAACCUCCCCAAAUUGAGAUCCAUGUGCCAGAAAUUCAUUGCAUAAAAGAGACCAAGAUAGCUACAUGUUAGGAAAACGUUCUUCUAAUUAACUGGAAACCAUCUCUUAGAAAGGAAUUGUUAUCCUGGUACAUGCUUUGUAAUAGUCACAUCUUAGUUCUCAAUUAACAGCUUUUAAUCACAUUUGAGUGAAGUGAUUUUACCAAUUAAACAUUUUCAAGAAUACAGCUAGACUUUUCCCAAUUGACUCUUAUCUUGUGAUCA